ACUGGCGUCGUUCGCGCACGCGCAAAGCCGCCCGGCCGCGCAUCCCUGCUUCUGGCAAGAGCACUCCGCUAGUGGUCCAGCGGUGUCAGCCAUGGCGGAGAUGGCCGAGCUGUGCGAGCUGUACGAAGAGUGCAACGACCAGCAGAUGGACGUGAUGCCGGGCGAGGGUGACCUUCCCCAGAUGGAGGUAGGCGGCGGCGGGAGCCGGGAGGCGGCCCUGAGCGCCCCCCGCAGUGGGGCCGCGCUGCUGCUGGAGGAGGAAGGCCCGAUGGAGGAGGAGGAGGGCGCGCAGCCCAUGGCGGCGCCGCGCGGGAGAGCAGGCCUGGCCCGCGGAGCCAGCCCCGCAGAGCAGCCGGGCCUGGGCCUGGGCCUAGGUCUGGAGGGCGAGGACGAGGCCGAGGAGCUGGAUGAUUGGGAGGAUGACUACGACUACCCGGAGGAGGAGCCGCUGAGCGGGGCGGGCUACCGCGUCUCGGCCGCCCUGGAGGAGGCCAACAAGAUGUUCUUGAGGAGCUCGCGGGCGCGGGAGGCCGCCCUGGACGGCGGCUUCCAGAUGCACUAUGAGAAGACCCCCUUCGAUCAGCUCGCCUUCAUCGAGGAGCUCUUCUCGCUGAUGGUCGUCAACCGCCUGACCGAGGAACUCGGGUGCGACGAGAUGAUUGACAAAGAGUAGUCAUCGGAAGCCCAGCCCAGAGGAGGACACGAAGAUCGGAGGGGAGAUCCAACAUCCGCCGCCUUCGGGGUUUAUUCUACAUCGUUCUGUGCCAAUGAAAACACUUGAUCUUCACACAGAAGGGUUGGGGUUUUUGUUUUUGUUUUUGUUUUUCAGAGUAGAAGACAAGGACAGUGACUGCACAGUUGUGAGAAAGGAAAAGAAAAACGAAAGGCAAAGAUCUUGGGACCGUUGACCGGUCUGCUUUCCAAGAACAGCCUGGGGCACCUAUGGCUUGGACUUUGUUACCGAUGUAGUUUAUUUUCCUUGCGUUGGGGAAGAUCGCUUUCAUGUUUGUUUUGCAGUAAAGAUGGUUUUGCAAGAGUAAAUGACGACCAAUACAAGAGCCCACUGAUGGGAAAUACGAAAUGAAGCAAAAAGUGUGCCCACAAGAUGGCUUGUUACUUGGAAGAAAGCCUACUGAGAAAACUUCAAAUUCUACCCUGUGAUCUAUCCAAGUCGUAGUAAUCAAAGACUAAAUUUGCAGCAUAAAAUGAAUCGAUUAUUCUUCAUAAUCCCAAAAGGAUAAGCAAACUAAAACUAUGUAUCGCAUGUGCUGUACCCUUAAAUUUUGUGUUUCCAAGAGCAUCUGAGAUUGUACCUGUAUCUUGAUCAUUUAUAAAUUUAUGAUCUUUACUUCAGGAAAAUCCAUUGUCAUGACUAUGGUAUUUUUAAAAGUCAAAAAAAUGUCUUUUUUAAAAGUUUCAAAUUUAGAUAUUAAAGUGUAUGUGGAAGUACAAAGAAAACAGGUUAUUUCUAGUACCCUGAUAUACUAAGGAUAUUCUGUUAAUGCUUGCUGUUUUUCAUUUAACUUGACCUAUGAAAGACUUUAGUUUGUAUUGUAAGAACUGUUAGUGAAAAUUGUAAAAGGAAAGCCCUAUAUCUAAAGACUGAACAAUUAGCCUGACCAGAAAUCCACCUCAAUAUCUGAUGUUUCCCUCUGUCUCCUCCUCUAAUUAAGAUUGUUAUUCUUUAUGCACCAGCAUUGAAGAUAAUAAAAAUUUCUUGUUCUGUGUA